AGAUUCUAGAAGGUAGCGGAGCCUCACACAUGUCCUCGUCCUGCGGUCCAGGGCUGACUGUCAGCUGGGUGUGGUUCCGCAUGCGGGGAAGUUUCACCAGUUGGUCGGGUGGUGCACAGUUUUAGGCUUUACAUCAUGCUGAGUGAACCAUGACUAAAUUUUAAAGGACGAGGGAGAUUGCGUAGUUAAAGUGACAUGGACGUGUAGAGCUAUAUUGGUGUUUUUUCCUCUUGUUUUUUGUCUCUAAUUUGUUUAUUUGUACUGUUUGGAAACGUUGAAAGGUGUCUGAGGCAGGAAAACCGGGAGUUCAUAAGGAUCAAGAACAUGGGGCUCCUGCAGCUGCUAAAAUCCCAGUUCUUGUGCCACCUGAUGAUCUGCUAUGUGUUCCUGGUCAGCGGUCUUAUUGUCAACCUGUUGCAACUAUGUACUUUACCUCUGUGGCUGGUCAGUAAGCAGCUGGCCCGCAGAGUCAACAUCAGACUGGCCUACUGCAUCUCUAGUCAGAUGGUUGCUACCUUGGAGUGGUGGUCUGGGACUGAAUGCACACUCUACACUGACCCAAAGAGUUACCCAUUGUAUGGAAAAGAGAACGCAAUUGUGGUUCUCAACCACACUUUUGAGAUCGACUUCCUGUGUGGCUGGACCUUCUGUGAGAGAUUUGGAGUUCUUGGGGUAAGAGAAAUGUUAGCCAAAAAAGAGCUGGCUUAUGUACCAAUCAUUGGCUGGAUGUGGUACUUCCUGGAGAUCGUUUUCUGCAAAAGGAAGUGGGAGGAGGAUCGAAGGACAGUGACUCAGAGUCUUCAGAAACUGCGGGAUUACCCAGAAAACUUCUGGUUCUUGCUUUAUUGUGAGGGGACACGCUUCACGCCAAAGAAACACCAGAUCAGCAUGCAGGUGGCUGAAACCAAAGGUUUGCCGAAACUGAAGUAUCAUCUUUUACCCAGAACCAAAGGAUUCUGGGUAACAGUUCAAAGCCUCAGAGGGACAGCUGCAGCUGUUUAUGACUCCACGCUCAACUUCAGAAACAACGAAAUGCCGACUUUGCUGGGAAUUCUUAAUGGGAAAAAGUAUCACGCAGAUUUAUAUGUGAGGAGAAUCCCUCUAGAGUUGAUCCCAGAAGAUGAGGCAGAGUGUAGUGCAUGGCUCCACAAACUUUACCAGGAAAAGGAUAGCUUUCAGGAGCACUAGCAAGACAGGCGCUUCCCCAGCCCCGUAAUCAGCCCUCCUCGUCGACUGUGGUCCCUGAUAAACUGGCUGUUCUGGUCCUGCCUGCUCCUGUACCCUCUAGGCCUGCUGCUUACUCAGCUGAUCAGCUCUGGAUCUGUAUUUACCAUCGUAGCUUCCGUGGCUGUCUGCUGUGCAGCUUCACUGGGAGUUCGCUGGAUGAUUGGCCAGACUGAGAUACACAGAGCUUCAAACUAUGGGAAUAAGGAGGUUUCUCUAAACAACAACUAGUCAAUUCUGGCAUGCUCAGAGCUGUCUUUGUUUUGCACAGCUACUAAUCUGCAAGCUGCCCUCAGCACAACCUGUAAAUGCCAGUGAAGCAGGACUCUGCUGGUACAACAAGUGCAGACCUGCUUCAAAGCCCAGCGCAGACAGGGUAGCUUCAUACUAAUGCUAUGUUGCAGAAAGUUCAAGGCUGGCGUAAGUGACUGGAUUGUGUUUAAGCAGCCUAAAUGAAGGAGUGGCAAGAUGAAAUUCAAAUCAGAGUGUAAAUAUUUGAGAACAGCCAAGAUUAACAUUUGCUUUAGAAACUAUAAUUCAAUUCAACCAGAUGAAAAAUGGACUACCUCUAUGAUUGCAUUGUAAUGCAUAACAUUUCCAUGGUGAGAGAAAAUAAAAAUGUCACAAAAAAAAGUGGACUUUCU